UAGUUCCCCUGCCCUUCUCGUAAUUCCGUUGACAAGGGUGGGCUAAAAGAGAGAAAACACGAAACUAGGGUUUCUUGAGCUACUUUAAUCUCCUCGUCUCCGGAGAACGCGAGUUGGUCUGAGGGCGGAGGCGGUGCGUCGAAGCAGCAGCGUCGGAGGUCGGGGGAUCGAUGGGCAACUUCAGGUUUCAUCAGUACCAGGUGGUGGGUCGAGCCCUCCCGACCCCGUCGGAUGAGCACCCCAAAAUUUACCGGAUGAAGCUUUGGGCUACCAACGAAGUCCGAGCUAAAUCCAAGUUCUGGUACUUCUUGAGCAAGCUGAAGAAGGUUAAAAAGAGCAACGGCCAAGUGCUCGCAAUUAACGAGUGGUUGUCUUCGCAUUUGCCAAGAUUUUUAGUUGCUCUCGUGUCCCUGAUAUUUGAGAGGAAACCGACAAAGAUCAAGAACUAUGGCAUCUGGCUGAGGUACCAGAGCAGGACCGGUUAUCACAACAUGUACAAGGAGUAUAGAGACACCACAUUGAAUGGUGCUGUUGAGCAUAUGUACAAUGAGAUGGCAUCCCGUCACCGUGUCAGAUACCAUUGCAUUCAGAUCAUCAAGACUGCUACAAUCCCUGCCAAACUCUGCAAGCGUGAGAGCACCAAGCAGUUCCAUGAUUCGAAGAUCAAAUUCCCUCUUGUCUUUAAGAAAGUCAGGCCCCCUACCAGGAAGCUGAAGACUACCUAUAAGGCCUCUCGCCCCAAUCUCUUUAUGUAGGAGGGCAAGCACUGAGCAUGUUUGCAAAUGUUUUCUUUUUGGUGUGCUCCAAAUUUUCAUUCUAUGGACUGUUAAGUUUUGUGAGUCUCUUCAGUUUCUGUUUUUGGGUAGGAGCUUUGUGUAAGACCUCUAAAAAGAAAGUUUUGUUAAUUCAGUGCAACAAUGAGUAGCAAAUUGUUUUUGAGUGUAUUUUUGGCUUGAAG